UUGAAUAUAUUUCUGUCAUCUUUCCAGACCGCUUGCAGGAUUAUGUUGGAAAAGAGGAGGAUUUCUCUGAUCAGCAGCUCUAUGAACAGGAGAGGAAUUCCAGUUUUGACCAAGAGGAACCAGAACCUCUGCAGAUAAAAGAAGAGCAGCAAGAACCAGAACAUCCCUGGACAAAAGAGGAAACCAUGGAGGUCCUCAUUAGUGAGCAUGAAGAGCAGCUUGUUCUGAAGCAAUGUUUGCCAUGCGGAGACAACUUUCUAAAAGAAGAACUUUUAAUAGAUCACAUGAUAACUCAAACAGAUCAGAAGAAUAAUGAAUGUCUGUCCUGUGGAAAAAAAUUCACCUAUAAAUCUGACCUUAAUAAACACAUGAGAAUACACACAGGUGAGAGGCCUUUUAAAUGUCCGUCCUGUGGAAACGGUUUCAGAACGAAAUCUCAUCUUAAUAAGCACAUCAAAAUCCACACAGGUGAGAAACCUUUCUCCUGUACAACUUGUGGCAAACGUUUUAUUGAAAAAAGUAGUUUGACUGAACACGUGAAGAUUCAUUCAGGUGAAAGACCUUUUUCUUGCAAGACCUGUGAAAAACGUUUCAUCUAUAAAUCUCACCUUAAUAAACACAUCAGAACGCACACAGGUGAGAAGCCUUUCAAAUGUCUGUCCUGUGGAAACAGUUUCAGAACAAAUUCUCAUCUGAAUAAACACAUCAAAAUCCACACAGGUGAGAGGCCUUUCUCCUGUACAACUUGUGGGAAAUGUUUUAUUGAAAAAAGUAAUUUGACUGAACACCUGAAGACUCAUUCAGGUGAAAGACCUUUUUCUUGCGAGACCUGUGAAAAACGUUUCAUAUACAGAUCUCACCUUAAUAAGCACAUCAGAAUUCACACAGGUGAGAAGCCUUUCAAAUGCCUGUCCUGCGGAAACAGUUUCGCUUAUAAAUCUGACCUUAAAAAACACAUUAAAGUUCACUCUGUUGAGAAGAAAUUCAAAUGUCUGUCCUGUCCACACAGUUUCAAAAGGAAAUCUCUUCUUUAUAAACACAUCAGAAUUCACCCAGGCGAGAAGCCUUUCUCCUGUACAGUUUGUGGCAAAAGUUUUACUAUAAAAAGUAGUUUGACUGAACACUUCAAGAUUCACUCUGAUGAAAUACCUUUUUCUUGCAACACUUGUGGAAAAAGCUUCACUCACAAAUCUAAUCUUGAUAAACACAUCAGAACUCACACAGGUGAGAAGCCUUUCCCCUGUACAGUUUGUGGCAGAAGCUUUUCUGUAAAAUGUAGUUUAACUGCACACAUGAUAACUCACACUGGUGAGAAGCCUUUCUCCUGCAUGAUGUGUGGCAAAAGUUUUACUGGAAGAACUUCUUUAAAAAAACACGUCAGAAUUCACACAGGUGAGAAGCCUUUCUCUUGUACAGUUUGUGGCAAAACUUUUAAUGAAAAUUGUAGGUUAACUGAACACAUCAGAAUUCACACAGGUGAGAAGCCUUUCACCUGUACAGUUUGUGGAAAAAGCUUUGCUGUAAAACGUAGUUUAACUGCACACAUGAUAACUCACACUGAUGAGAAACCUUUGUCCUGCACAAUAUGUGGCAAAAGUUUUACUGGAAAAACCUCUUUAAAUAAACACCUCAAAAGUCACACAGGUGAAGAGCCCGUCUCCCGUACAGUUUGUAGUAGCGAAAGUUUUGACUAACUUAACUAAACGCAUGACUCAUGGGAGUAACUUUUGUAAUCCAUGACACAUGAAACUCAUCUUAAAGAUAUUGAUUUCUUCACAUAAGAAGUCACAGUAGCCGUAGACACACUGAAUCCAAUUCUUCCUCUGAUCCGACAGAAAAUCGUGUCUGAUGAAUUCAUGGCAUUUAGCGCUCAUUGGGCCGGAUUUAUCAAGAUCCAAUUUUGCGUGCAGUAAUUUGCGCUCGCAAACUGGAAUUUUGCGCGAAGGGCUGAACCAUGGUUUGCGGGUGAUUUAACAGGAGUAAUUGCGUACCUGGUGACGGGUGCAAAACUGU